GUAUGUGAAUAAAAACCCUAAAUGGAACGAUAAUCUCAGAGCAUUCGUCCUCAAUUUCAAUCGUCGAGUUACAAAGGCAUCAGUUAAGAACUUCCAGUUGAUUCGCUUGGACCGCCACAGCAGUACCAGUAAAGAAGAAGAGGUGGUAUAUCUCCAAUUUGGGAGAAUUAAUAAAGAUGAGUUCACUAUGGAUUAUAGAUACCCAUUAUCAGCACUACAA